AUGACUGCUCCAGCCUUGACACCGAGAGCGAGUGAUCAAGAAUCGGCCGACGUAUAUGCGAGCCAUCCGUUUGCGACGCCUACCUCUACCGCCGCCGAAUUGCCAUCUCCUCCAGAGCCCGCCGCACAGCUGCUCUCUAAGUCGCAACCACACCAUGUCCGCGGGUCGAGCACCCGGCCGCCAAUGAUCAAUCGGCCAUUAUCGGAGGACCACGGCGCCUACUCGCACAAGUCGUCUGCCGUGUCAUCGACUGCGAGCAGUCCCAUCACCAGUCCCAUCUCUUCGAUUGACCUAGAAAAGCACGCCAUGUCGAGGGAGGCGAGUCCAAAGAAGCAGGGUCGGACUAGCAGAGAUCGGCAGAGUAGGCACAGCAGACACAGCAGACACAGCAGAUACAGCAGACACAGUCGGGAUCGAAGCAGUCGAGAUCCAGAGAAAGCUGUGCACAGUCCGCCGCAUUUGCAUCGCAACAGGAGGCUUGAAGCGGAGCAAAUCGCGUAUGAAUACGAUGACGUGGAUGAGACCCGGCAGAUGCAGGAAGCCAAGGCGGUCAAGAUCCUGCUCUAUUUCUCCGGUCCAUGUGUCGUCUUGUCCUUCUUAAAUUCGAUAUGGACUUUCAUUACGGUGAUCAUCAGCCUGCUGGCGCAACCAGUGCGGCUCUGUGCGCGGAGACCGUCGUUCGGACAACAAUUAGGUGGCUUGCUCGGACCGGCUUUGAACCUACAGCUGAAGAGUAUCUACACCCCACUACCACCUCACGCAGACGAAGACCUCACCUACCGGCCCGGGUUGCUUGUGGCUGUGCAACUCCUUUCGCCAUUCCUCAGCUUGGGCAUGAUGAUUGCUGCCUGGGUUGUUGCUGUAUUCUGGAUCUCUUCUGCGGUUGUUGGAGAUCCGGCUGGCAUGGACAAGAGGGACGAUGGAAAGGAAACCGUUCUCAGCUUGAGGAAUUGGUGGGAACGCUGGCUUGUGAGGAGCAUGCGGGAAGAACUGAUGAUCACCUGA